AUGUCGGAGACGCCUCUCACCUGGAAUCAAGCGGUGAAGGGGAUAACGGAGUUUCUCGAAGUUGCCAUCCAUACUAUCCUCUACGUCAGACAAAUAUACCCAGCAGACCUGUUUGUGCGACGGAAGAAGUACGACACCCCCGUCUUCCAGUCGCGUCAUCCCGCAUUAAAUGAGUAUAUAUCCGGCACCGUCAAGGCUGUUUCCGAUGAACUUGUACUCGGUAAUGUGGACAAGGUGGUAGUCGUUAUCAAGGACAGGAACCAAGUCGCCCUCGAGCGCUUCGUCUUUUCAAUCCAAAACAUGAUUGAGAUCGAGUCCUACAACAAAGACACGAGUGUGCAGGACGCGAUGUCCCCUGCGAAACUCGGCCAGUAUUUUCGCUCAUUUCUCAUCAAACUGAAUAUGAUCGAGUCCCAACUGGGGCUGCUCGAGCUUCCCAGCGGCGAGGAGGCCUCAUUUGCAAUAGUUCUUGAACUUAAGGAAAAUACAGUACCCUCAGCAUCCAAGGAUAACGUGAGGAAUCCUAGUCAGAUACUUAUAACAGACUGUGGAGCUUUAGAAAAGGAACCCCCACCAUGGGUACCUGCAGACCGUCAGCACACAACCUCCGGGGCAUCUGAAGAAGCACAGUUGCACCUCCUUCGGGCAGUGGACACGGGCAUCAUCAGCAUCUCCCUUGCAGUCCAAGAAUCCGAAGAAAAGCUUCAACGCACCAAGGACCCAGAUGAUUCCGCGUACGAUAUCAAAGGAAAAGGAAAGGCCAAAGCUAUUUAA